AUGGCUAUAACCUCCUCAACUCCUAGAAAAGAUCGCGAGCAAGCUGUAUCCCUGCCGACAGUUUCGCCGAUCCAGACGCAGAUCAUGAUUGCAGAUGCUGUUGAGACGAGUGAAGUGAGCAAAGCACAAGAAAAAAAAACAACCGUUCAAGUGUGAGUCGAUUGGCCCAGUAAAAGCAAAACGAACACUUUACAUGAAGGGUUAGAAUCGCUUGGGAAAAUGCUCUGCAGUGGAACUUACAAACAAAUCGCCGGAGCAGUGUGAAGAACGCGAUUUUAAAGAAACACGUGCAGCAACUCUUCUUGAAAGAAAUUGAUCGCAAGUGUACUGCUUUGUGUUCGCAGAAAGAAGCGAGCAGCUUCAGAUCGACAAGUGAAAACCCUUUCUUUUAAAAAGCUGGACAGUGAACUCGAGAAUAAAGCCCUGUUGUUUAGCGCUGUACUAUAGACGGCGAGCCUUUGAAAAGGUAAGAGGGAUGAUCAGUUCUGACAACCAUCGGUUUGUAUGUCUGCUGCAGUCUUGCUGAAAAACAGAUCCCCGUGUAUGACUGCCAUUCAGCUCUUAAACACCAUUGUUUUGUAUCGCACAAGGAUAAUUGUGAGUAUUUCCUAUUUAACUGAGUGUAUUGAAUUCCUUUUGUUAUAUUUCAUUCAAUUGUCUUUAUAAUAUUUACAGAUUGGCCUUCAGGCCACAGACAUAAUUUAUAUUGAAAUGCACAAAAGGUUUGGUACACAUACAAGAUGGUUUACGUUUGAAGAAAAUUUCAUUCCGACGAAAAAAUUUCCGAGUUAUUAUUUGUCUUAAUCUUGGUGAUUCAUACCCUUUUUUUACCUGUUUAUCUUACCUUGCUUUUUACUCCGAAUUGAAAAUUAAAAUGAGUUGUAAAAGACAGUCUUCAUGUGAUAAAUAUUUUAUGAGUUCGUAUCCCCUUUUUGAGGAUAAUUUUGAUGAUAUUGUUUGUAAGGCAAUUUAAUUCAGGUCAUUCUAAGGAUUAAAGAGUUUAGAAUAAUAAUAAUGUAUACCAUGUUAGCAUUAUAUAAUUCUUAUUUAUUAAAAUUUAAAACUAAAUUUAAAGAAUUUACAGAUGGAGGACAGAGGAAGUCUGAAAAAUUAAAUGACUAGAAAGAUUACAUUAUUUAUUUUCUACAAAAACUUCCAUAAUUGAAUGACCGGUAAAAAGUUUUUGGUUAAGUCUGACACAUUCCUUUUUGUCUUCUCUGUCAUUUUUUUUUUUGGCUUACAAGGUACUCUUUCUCGUCUUAGGUCCCUGAGACUUGCUGUGUCCCAUCAUUACUACUACAAGAAGAUGGAGGAGUAUGGGAAAGACUUUGCCAUCAACGUAGUUCAGAGAGUGGAAAACGAGUCAGAACGGCUCACGCAUCAACAUGGUGCAUCAAGUACACAAGGUCCCACUCCCUCGGCUUCUUCAUUUAUUGUUGUAACUCCAGAUAAAGGGAGGAAAAUAGUUUUUGACAAUUUUGAUUUCAAGCAACAUGUGCACAGCAUGACAGAGCACCACCAAAACAUUGACAUAUACUGA